AGAAGAUGGUAUGAGUCCUGGAGAGUUGGGGGAGUUUGACUUUGGUCCAGACUGGAUGGAAACAGAUGGGUUGAGGGACCCUGGGGAUAACAGCAGUGACAGUGGCAUCAGCAGUGUUAGUAUCAAACAAGAACCUUUCUCCCCUGCUCUGUCUCAUACCUCAGAUUGCUCUGGUGACUCCUUCCUUCAGCAGACCCCCCUUGAUCAGCUGCCAUUGCUGAACCAGUUUGAUGUGAAGCUUGAGAGUCCUCCUCCAACUCCUCCCCAAGACAACAGUGACAGUGCAGUCCAGUAUAUACAGCCUUCAGCCAUUAGUUGUGGUGUCACAUUCCAGAAGGGGGCAGCAGCAGCAGCUCAACCCGCACACAGCAAGCCACACAUUACCACAGUAAAACUGACACAUGUAACGGGACUGAACCCAGACAGUAAGCCACUGCCACCCAAAGUUGUCAAUGUGUUGAAUUCUAAAGUGAAGAUACAGCCCAAGUUACCCAAUAGUUCUGCCUGUGUAACCCCUGCACCCUCCCCACCGCCACCAACGCCACCUGGUGUAGCACCUGGCUCACCCUGUGCAGGUAGUCAAGGCACAGCUGCCUCCAAACCCCUAGUUCUCACAGCUGAAGAGUUUGCCCGGCUUACUGCCCAGGGAGUACUGAAGUUCCAUCCCCCAGAGCAGGAGGCCAACAAGACCAACAGCUCAGUAGCACAGUGUAUCCCAGUACCACAGGGAGAGGAUCCAAGAGUUUGGAAACGACAACAGAGAAUGAUAAAGAAUAGAGAAUCUGCAAGCUUGUCAAGAAAAAGGAAAAAAGAGUACAUGACUACAAUAGAAAAUCAACUUCAAGAGAUUUCAAGAGAGAAUGAGAAACUCAGACAAGAGAACCAGAAUUUGAAAAGAAAACUUAGUUUAUUAAAUUCAGAGAACAUGGCAUUAAAGCGCAGCACAGGUUCAACAAAGGUGACAGCCACCUGCCUACUUACAGUUCUCUUCAUGUUUGCCCUCAAUUUGGGGCCCAUAAACAAUUUAGUAUUUAAAAGCUCAUCAGAAACCAGCCUAGCUGCCAUUCCAAUGAGUUCGGUCCAUCCUGGAGGUGGGCGCCAUCUAUUAACCUAUGAUGAAACUAUGCAGCAGCCCAUUAGUGGGAAGUAUUUCCCAAGGAGCAAAGCAAGCUUUGAAGACAUUGAGAGCACAUUAGCCGAACUGAAGAGGGGAUUUGAGAGAGAAAAGUUUUUCAGAAAAAAUAAAGACUUCAUUGCAUUUAAUAGUGAGCUGGAGUCCCUCUGUCCAGUGUACUUCAAUAAAACUGAAUCUCAAAGGCUGGCUAACGAGCUGACGGGGUGGGUCUUGGCACACAAAGAAGCCCAAAAGAAAAAGAAAAUUUUAGAAGAAAACAUCAGGGAAAAGAAGGCUGUUGAGGCCAAGAACAGAAAACCUACCAGGAAGAAGUAUGUGAAACCAAAGACAUUGCACGCCAUGAUGAAAGGAGAUUUGGACAUUAAAUAUGCAAAGGAUAGUUACCCUGGCAGUAGCCAGUAUCAGGUUCAGGUCUUCAACGGUCCAGACAAAAGCUACAUGGAUUUCUUGGACUCCAUUCACAGAAGAAAUGACACAUUUUAUGUGGUGUCUUUUAGAAGGGAUCAUCUUCUCUUGCCAGCUGUGGCUCACAAUAAAACCAUGCGGCCCAGGAUGUCCCUGUUGAUGCCUGCACUGCCACUGAAUGAGACUAUGCAGCCCCCGCCAGGUGACAUGGCCAUGAUGCAGAUAGACUGUGAGGUGAUGAACACGCGACUCUUGCACAUCAAGAACACCGCUGUGCCGUCUUUUAUGAAAGAACCUCCCAGCAACGUGACGCACACUGUCGUAACAAACACGGAGACUCCAGACCAUUUGCCGCGAGAGGAAGUGAUUCCAUAAGAGAGACUGUUACGUACCUGAAGCUUUGAAUUACUUGUUGCUGUGAGG